CACCGAGGAUAUCUGUCUCAGCAUGUUCUUUUGCGCACCUAGGCCCUGCAGGUAUGUAAUUUAAUUACGCCUAAAUAUAUUAUAGCUGCUAAUCAGUGCAUAAUAAUCAACCCAGAAACCCAAAAACCAUGGCCCAGAGAUUCCCUCUUCUUCCAUUUCUUGUGCUCUGUCUUUGCUCCUCUGCAUCAAUCAUAGGCAUAGCUCAUCAACAUGAGGAUUCCACAACCCAAACCAUGGAGGAUUUUUCUGGCUACCCAAUUCACGACCAUCACUCUUUCAUCCAAAACUUUGCUUCUUCUUCACUGUCUGUUGACACUGAAAGUUUACAGAACCAGAUCGAUGAACUCGCGACUUUCUCGGAUACUCCUGCCCCAUCAGUGACUAGGAUCCUGUACACUGAGAAGGAUGUUUUGGCACGCAGGUACAUCAAAAACUUGAUGGGGAUCUCUGGUCUCUCUGUCAGAGAAGAUGCUGUUGGUAACAUAUUUGGCCGUUGGGAUGGGUAUGAGCCAAACCUUCCUGCAGUAGCAACAGGUUCUCACAUCGAUGCUAUCCCAUACUCUGGAAAGUAUGACGGAGUCGUUGGUGUUUUAGGUGCUAUAGAAGCUAUCAAUUCACUAAAGAGAUCUGGUUUUAAACCUAGAAGGUCACUGGAAAUUAUCUUAUUCACCUCAGAAGAGCCUACUCGCUUUGGGAUCGGCUGCUUGGGAAGCCGCUUAUUGGCAGGAAGCGAGGUACUUGUGAAAGCUCUGCAAACAACAGUUGAUGGUCAAAAUAAAUCCUUUCUAGAUGCUGCUAGAGCUGCUGGAUAUGCUAAAGAUCAAGAUGACUUAUCCAGUGUGUUUUUAAGGAAAGGAAGUUACUCUGCUUUUGUGGAAUUGCAUAUAGAGCAGGGCCCAAUUCUGGAAGAAGAAGAUAUUUCUAUUGGGAUAGUAACCGCCAUUGCAGCCCCUGCAAGUAUAAAAGUUGAAUUUGAAGGCAAUGGAGGCCAUGCAGGCGCUGUCCUAAUGCCCAAUAGAAAUGAUGCAGGACUAGCAGCAGCAGAGUUGGCACUUGCUGUUGAGAAACAUGUAUUAGAAUCUGGAUCUAUUGAUACUGUUGGUACAGUUGGUAUUUUGGAGCUGCAUCCUGGAGCAAUUAACAGCAUCCCGAGUAAAUCACACCUAGAAAUUGACACAAGAGACAUUGAUGAACAACGAAGAAACAAUGUAAUUGAGAAGAUUUAUCAGUCUGCAAUUAAAAUAGAAAAAGACCGUAGGGUCAGGCUAUCCGAAUUUAAAAUUGUAAAUCAGGAUCCACCAGCACUUUCUGAUAAAUCAAUAACCGAGGCAAUGGAAGCUGCAUCAAAGGAGUUAAACCUACCACACAAGCUGAUGAUUAGCAGAGCUUACCAUGAUUCACUAUUUAUGGCCAGAGUAUCCCCAAUGGGCAUGAUAUUUAUCCCAUGUUACAAAGGUUACAGCCACAAGCCUGAAGAAUAUGCCUCCCAUCAGGAUAUAGCAAAUGGGGUGAAGGUAUUAGCACUGACCCUUGCAAAGUUGUCUCUGAACUGAGCCAUCAUCCAUAGUUAAGAUUGAAUACAAGGGUGCACCGCGUACUUCCUUCAUCAUAGGAUGUGUAGUAGGGAUACUUUUCAUAAAUCAUUUGAAUGUAUUCCAUGCUAGAGUAGCCUUGUUAUAUGAUAUAAGCUUACUACUUAUCAAAAAAAGAUAUAAGCUUACCAAUCAUACAGUGUCAUUGAUAAAUUUGAUUUCCUCUUUGACAUAGAAAGAAAAUUGUGAAAUAUUGCCUCCAAAUGCUCUGAAAUGCUGGUCCUUUUGUAUUAAGUUUGCUCAGAAAAUUAAGUGAUAACUCAAUGGUAACAACAUCAUUUGUAAUGCGAUA